AUGGAUGCCCAACUCAGUGGCUAUGUCAAUGGUGACCUCUCUUUCCAAGCCCAUGGGGACUACGACUCCUCCGACAACGCUUUCCAUUACCGGUUUGGAGCAUACCUGUUCUACAAUAUCGGUUACAAGGCAAAGGCAAAGAUCCUGAGCGUGAUUGACUGGGCGACCGGAGAUCGCAUGGCGUAUAAUCUGGACAAGAUGCUCCAAUUGUACGAAAAGAAGGGAACAAUUCCAAUGUCGCACUCCAACGCGGAGAAGAGAGAUUCUUCGAUCCAUAGUGAUCGAAUCCCUCAAAUUGAUGCGGACUUGCUUGAUAACACUACCCACUCUGUUCUGAACCCAGCUGCGGACAUCUUUCGCCGAACUGACAUUAGUAGGAGUGGAGUCAAUUGUGCAUUCCUGAGUACAUACCAAGUCGUCAAUGAGAUCAAGGAUGCUGAUGGUGUCUCUGAAAGACUUACUGAGGACGUUCCGGGUUUGUGUGAUGACAUUGUCAAGCUUAACCCGUUGCAAAGCCGAUUCACAUUUUCCCAGGGAGAAAAUACACAAGGCCACGAUACAAAUGGAACAUGUCGGCAGGCAACAAGGGAUUUGAAUGCGGCUGUGCGGCGAAGUAUUCUCCAGCUACAGUGUGAUGAAUUCCCCUGGAAAUCCAGUGAGCAGGGAAUGAUGGGAAGCCUCACGUCUAACUGGAAACAAUUGAAUUCUGCUCUGCGGGAAGACUCCGACGUACCAAACCUCUGGGUGCCAUGGCAAGACAAGACAAAGUGGGUCACAGCCGGCGAUUACGGGAAAAAUGGCGACUACAAGCAAAAGCUUGUUUUGUACGAGAGCGCUAUGCCACCCCCAGAUGGCGCUGAUCAGGGAGACAAUGACAAAUUUUCCUGGGCCUACAAACGAGACUACGACGUAUCCUGGCUUCAGCCACAAUCAUCACUCACAGCAGGAGACUGGUGGGGUGCAGGUUCGCCCAAAUUUGACAAGCCCAACUACCAGGGACCUCUUGACAUGGACUCCAUUCUCUGUGCGAUCAACCACUUCAAUCAAGACAAAGCCUUCAAGCUGCCAGGGGCGCACCUCAAGCCUGAUGGAACUCCAUCAAAUAAACCCCAGAAGGAGUACAACGCCUAUUGUAUGCGAACCGAUGCGGGAGGUAUGCAGCCGGCGUCCUGGAACAUGCGCUUCAACAUGGGGAAGUGUCUUGUUAAAUUCCAGAACCCUGCGAGCAGCAGCCCGGGUUCAUCGAAAAGAGACAUGGGCAAAUGGCAAGGAUGGGAAGUCGAAAGCGUUGAAUGGGUGGAGGAUGUUGAUGAUGAAGAAUGGUUAUGA